AUGGCACACACCAGUAGUGCCAAGGCAAGCGAAGUCACACCACCCUCCAACAUGGCAACCACCACUAGUGCCCAGGCAAGCGAAGUACUCGACUCUCAUAUUCAGUCUCUGUGUCAGGAGCUGCAGGACAUGAUCUUCGAAUGUGUCUUGGAUGCCCAGAUUCCGGAUACGGCUCGCAUCACCUGUGCCCUCAAACCACCCACUGCGCUGCAGUUGAAUCGCGAAAUCCGCGAGAAAUUCGCCCGGAGGUAUUACGGCCACACCACGUUUGAACUAAAAUUGGGUCGCGGUUAUCGUAGACAGCAUCUCAGUUGGCUGAACGAAAGGAGUGCUCAGCAUCAGAGAAUGAUCCUGAACCUCCAGAUAGCACACGACGGUGAAUGGCAUCCUUGUUUAAAUUUCGAUUUCGCCCAGCACAAGAUUUUGGCUCGGGCAAUACACGAGCACUGGAGUUCACGGCUUGGACCCCUGGCAGGUUGGAAUAUGGAUCAAGUUCAACUAGUGGUCGUGAUUUCCACUUUGGGUGGACAGAUGGUGAGAUUCCCUGCCGGGACGUUGAUCGAGGAGUGA